GUCCGACUUUCCUCACGACAUGUACAUUCGCCGCAGCGAGCAUGUCCCAUGUCGCAGUCGUCACUGCUCGCCUGGCUGAACAAGCCAGCCAUUGUCCGGAGCGCACCGUCGCUUGAGCAAUCACAGACACCCGACACUGGCAAGCUACCAGUGCAGAUCACAACACCAGCAGCGGACGUAGAAGCAUCCCAACCUCAAUCCGACCACAGCCCGACCAACGAGCUGACAGCACACCUUUCGGAAAGACGCCCAUUGCCCCAAAAUGUCGAGCUGAGGUCAUGCACUCAAGCCGAUAUCCCACACCUCAAGCGACUAACGAGUCUUUUACUCCCCAUCCCGUACCCGGACAAGUUCUACAAGGACAUUGUGAAUGACCCAGUCACAAACAGCAUCACUCUGCUUGCAGUUUGGCACGAUGAUUCGACAUCUCAGUCGAAGGGAAAGGGACGUCUGAUCGGUGCCAUUCGCUGUAGGUUACUGGAACCAUCCACCGCGAGUACGGAAUUUCCAUCCCGCGAAGCCACGGCGCCUGUAUUGUACCUGAGCACUCUAGUGCUUUUGUCGCCCUAUCGACAUCACGGAAUUGCUACUCACUUGCUUCGCACAGUCGUGCAGAAGGCAGCAGAAGACUACGGCGUUACACGUGUCGGCGCACACGUGUGGGAAGCCAACGCCGAUGGCCUGGCGUGGUACCGCAAACGCGAAUUUCGAGAGACGCGUCGCGAGCCUGGCUAUUACCGUCGUCUCGAUCCUUCAGCAGCGGUAGUGGUCGAGCGGGAUGUCAGGGUCGCAGACUUCCUGAGCACCUAGCGACGACUUGUUAGGCAGGGGUGAAUCGAUUUAGCGUUUGUCCAGGGAAGAUGAUCCGCGAUACUGUAUGUAGAGGGCUGGACGAUCAACAUUCAUCCUCAAAUUCUGCGUGGGAGCAGAUGACUCGCCGCCUUUCACGGCUGAGGAGUGGAGCUUGUCACGGAGGGCAAGUGCCUCUCGCAGUCAACAUCGUCGCGUCCUCGCCUCCACGCUUCGUACCACUCUCGAAGACGAUUCCGACCAAAGCAUUUGCAAGUGCCUGCCAGACGGUGUGCGCUCCUCGUUGGUCAAAAACGGCCGAGACGAAUAGGUGCUGCUACGGACGCGGAACAUCCGUGGUAUUACAUAGCCCGACAAGGCAAGUCUGCUGCAAGUACGAUGUCUUGUAGUCGGACUCGCCGUAUGGGGCGUUUUGUGGCGGAAAUUGGCAGAUAUGUGGCGGAGGCAGCGAAUGUGAGCAGCACGGGUGCCGCAUGACUUGUUGGCACAUCAGGCCAUCAAUUGAUCGCACAGCUCGCAUGUAUUCGUGGCCGAGAACGCUCUUGCCACGUUCGAUGCAUCACAUCACUCGUCAACUGCCUGGAACCGAAAAUGCGGUCGACCACGUGUGGUCGGUGCACUAGCAUCUAGACUUGAAUAAACUUUCGCAAGCGCAUCCUCAACACCGCCUCUCGACCAUUAUGCUUUGCUGGCUGGAGCAGCCCGACCUCUCGUAGUCCACCCAGCGCCAUGCCGCUAGUCUGGAAAAGGGCAAAGGACAACACACGGGAGAACAUGCAGAGAAAGUUCGGGAGCGAGACGCGCAUCUCUGGACCUGCAAGCUGCUGCUUGCGCUGGGCGAAAAUUGGGCUCGAUGUCCGCGAGUAAGCUCUUCACAGGCGAGACAUGCUGUGUUUCCGCACUCGUGCUGUGCCAAAGGGCACACUGGUGGAAUGUUCACUCGCCACUCAGGUCUCGACGGAGAAUUUCCUGCCCAGCCGCGAACCACCAGACGGGAGCUGAAGAUUUCGCAGACUAGACGCGCCGGCGAGGACGAUAUUUCUUGCAGCCAAGCGGAAGGCUUGCAUGCCGAGUCGACUACCACGCCGUACAAUGUCCCCUUUCGUGCGCCAUGUCAGCCACGAAACCCUUUUCUAGUCGAGAACCGCACAUGGCACGCAAGCUGCCUCGUGGCAUGGCUUGCGGAGUGCCCAUCUGUAACUCACGCAUGCACCCUCCGGCGGGUUCUGGCUCAGCCUCCACUGCACAUUUACCUUUCACAGCCAGCCUUAUGGGUCUCAUAUCGGCAGCAGUGCUUGAUCAUUGGUCGCCGUUGAGCCCCA